AUGGAUCAUCGCGUACCGAAAAGUCCUCAAAACAAGAUGGAUGAGGUACAAGUACCUAGUUCAUCACCUAUAUUAAAUUCCAAUCAAGAAUCAUCGCCUUUAAGACCAGAUUCCACUACGGAUAAUAAAACAACAGAACAACAUCUUCCAAUUAAUGCAACAACAUCCUUACUAAGAGAUCGAUUUACGUAUCAACCUACGUCAAAAGCUAAGCAGAUAUUCUCUCAGAACGAUCAAUCACACGAGCAAGCUUUGAAAACUUUGAUUUUGGAGUAUAAAGAUUUAUCACCAACUCUUAUCAAUGCAAUUUUCAAGCAGAAUUCACUUUCGCUUGCUGCAUCUAGGAGAAGGUUAGAUCAUAUUGUAGCAUCCCGUUCGGGGGGAUCUUGGAGGUUUCCAUCUAAAAGCAAUGCUUCAUCUUCAAAUUCAAAUCCUGUAAACAGUGCUUCUGGAUCACCUGUUGACUCAUCUCGCUCUCGGUUAACGUCUUUGAGUAGAAAUAGUUUACAAAAUGUUGCUACAAGGAAUAUUCCAUUAAACCUGACAUCUCGCACUCCAACAUCGAAGAUCACAAUUGAAAAGCAAAAAUCCAGUAUAUUCGAUCGUUAUUCUCAUGUUAUGAAAAAGUCACAACCAACUGAAAUGAGGCCGUUGGUUGAUAGAAAUUCUGUCAGUUCAAAGAAAGGGAAAUUGGUAAGAGGUGAUGCAAUAAAGAAGCAAAAAAUCAAACUCAGUGAUGAUGAAGAAGAUGAAGUAACCGAUGGGUCUAAUGCUGGUAGUGAUUUAGAUAGUGAACCUGAUUACCAAGAAACUACGCCAGAAAGUAGCUUUGUUCAAGUGUUGAAGUUUUUAAAUGAAGCUGACCCUAGAGAUUUGGCAGAUCUUGGUGAAAUAUCUAUUGAAAAAGCAAACUUGGUUAUAAAAGAAAGACCUUUUGAAAGUUUGGAAGAAUUCCAACAAUUAGACUUCCAGAACAAGUCAGUAUCGCCACCAGGAGGUAAAACGAGAAAAACACAACAAAGAAAAGACGGUAUCAAGAUUUUAGACAAAAUUGAACAAUCAAUUAAAGGCUAUAACGCAAUUGAAUCUUUGAUUCGCAAAUGUUCCAGAUAUGGUGAUAUAAUAGCAGACCAAAUGAAGGACUGGGGUGUAAGUUUUGACCCAUCGAAAGAUGCAGAAUUGGAUAUAUUGGAUGUCGAUGUCGACUCAACCGAUGAAAAUCCUAAAAGAAAUACCAGUGAACUUGAUAUUGUUUCUAUUAGCUCUGUUUCAUCAUCUCAAAAUGACGCAAAUGGGUCUUCUAAACGCAAAAGACAUGAAGAAGAUGAUAUUUCUGAUGUAGACUACGAUGAAAGUGAUGAUGAUUUUGAUCUAAAUCCAAGUAGUCGUUCUAGGCAUCAUAAACCUUCUAUUACAAAGCUUAAAAGUACUCGGGUGCCCUUCAUUAGACAGAAGCCUAAGUUUUUAUCACAAGAAGUGGAAUUGAAAGACUAUCAGCAAACUGGUAUCAACUGGUUGCAUUUACUUUAUCAAAACAAUCUAUCUUGUAUCCUUGCCGAUGAAAUGGGGCUUGGUAAAACAUGCCAAGUCAUCUCUUUCUUGGCUUACUUGAAGCAAAUCAAUCAGGAAGGUCCUCAUCUAGUCGUUGUUCCAUCCUCCACAUUAGAAAAUUGGUUACGUGAGUUCAAUAAGUUUUGUCCUCAUUUAAAGAUAGAACCAUACUACGGUUCUCAGCAAGAAAGAGCAGAACUUAGGGAUAUUUUAGAAGAGAAUGAAGGACAAUAUGAUGUUAUUGUUACAACUUACAACCUUGCUGCAGGUUCUAAAUACGACGUAUCAUUUUUAAGGAAUCGGAAUUUCAAUGUUGUCGUAUAUGAUGAAGGGCAUAUGCUAAAAAACUCAAUGUCUGAAAGGUUUAACAAGCUAAUGAAAAUCAAUGCACAAUUCCGUUUAUUACUAACCGGGACACCACUUCAAAACAAUUUGAAGGAAUUGAUGUCACUUUUAGAAUUUAUUAUGCCAAAUCUUUUUGUCUCUAAAAAGGACGACUUAGCUACAGUAUUCAAGCAAAAGACAAAGACAUCCGAUGCCGAUAAGGGUUACAAUCCUCUUCUUGCUGAGCAGGCAAUUGAAAGAGCAAAAACUAUGAUGAAGCCUUUUAUAUUGAGAAGAAAAAAGGAUCAAGUUCUAAAGCACCUACCAAGAAAACAUAAUCACAUAAUGUAUUGUGAAAUGAGAGAUGCACAAAAUGCUAUAUACCAACAGGAAAUCAAGCAAGUUAUGGAACAUAGAAGAAAGAUUAGGGAAGGUGUUAAAAUGGAUAAGGCUUCUUAUAACGUUUCAAAGAAUCUCAUUAUGGCCCUCAGGAAAGCAUCAAUUCACCCAUUACUCUUUAGGCACAUUUAUAAUGAUGACAAAAUCUCGAAGAUGAGUAAAGCAAUUAUUUCUGAGCCUGAGUAUUAUGAAAACGGAAACAUUGAAUACAUUAGGGAGGAUAUGUCUUAUAUGACAGACUUUGAGUUGCAUAAAUUGUGUUGCAAAUUUCCAUCACUUAAUAAAUUUAAACUACAAUCAGAGGAGUGGAUGAACUCAGGUAAAGUCGAUAAACUCAAAUCUGUCUUACAUGAUAUUGUAGACAAAAAGCAUGAAAAGGCAUUGGUUUUCUCUCUCUUUACCCAGGUUUUAGAUAUUUUGGAGUUCGUAUUGUCGACUUUGAAUAUAAAGUUUCUCCGUUUAGACGGACAAACGCAAGUUAAUGACAGGCAAUCUCUCAUAGAUAGGUUCUAUCAGGAUGAUUCGAUUCCCGUUUUCCUUCUUUCUACAAAAGCAGGUGGUUUCGGUAUUAACCUCGUAUGUGCAAAUAACGUGAUAAUUUUUGAUCAGAGUUUCAAUCCACACGAUGAUAAACAGGCAGCAGAUAGAGCUCACCGUGUAGGACAGACUAAAGAGGUUCAUGUUACUACGUUAAUUAGUAAAGGCACUGUAGAGGAAAAGAUUCUCCACCUAGCUAAAAAUAAAUUGGCAUUAGAUUCACACAUUAGUCAAGAGGACAAAAAGAGUGAAGAUGACUUAGAAAACAAAGUGACUGAUCUCCUAGAAGAUAUUAUCUUCGAUGAAAAUAAAUAA